AUGAACGUGAACAUCACUAGCAACACCAACGACGCCGACAAUAUGUUUGGGUUGGAUCCCGGAGCGGGCGACUUUCUGCGAGAUUGUGGCAGAGGUGGUCUCCAGGCGCUCGAAAUUGUCGCUAUGUCCGAGGAUGUUUUUUCGCCGACUUUGAAAGCGGCUGUUGUCGACACCUUGGCCAUCAUUGAUAUCACUACGAAAUUUAAUUCCAAUAAGAAAGCCUGGGCUGAGUUCUCGGAGAGUCUCAUCAGGCAGGUUGAGCAGAUUGUUCAGUAUAGCUGUCAUUAUGGGAAGGAUCACGUUCCGUGUGCUUGGCAAACAAGUCUUGAUCAUCUCAAAGGAAUUUUGAAACAUCUGAAAGGAAGAGUUGCAGAUGUUCAACAGUACAUCCAAUGGAGGAGACUUCCCAGUUUCACAGAGAAUAUGGCAUACAUAGAGGAGUUAAAGGGUAAGUUGAAUGAAGCCAUGGGUACUUUCAAUGCACAUCAGAUUGUAGAAGGAAAUUUAUAUGAAAGUACUCUCACAGAGAUUGAGAGCAAGGAGACUUGUACGGAAGUGGCCCAAGUAAGUGUUCUGGCAGGGGCGCAGGAUAUUCAGAUGGACCAUGCUGUAAUUAUUGCUGCAAAUACUGUCACCUACAACAAUGAUGGAAAACUUUCACACAAAAUUAAUGAGAGGAUGGAAGAAUCAAAGAAAAAUGAAUGGUUGAAAGAAUUGAAGGCUCCAUCACAUAAGCAAAGGGAGACCUGCAUGCCUGGAACUUGUGUGAAUGUGCUCAGAGACAUCCAAGUGUGGCUUCAUGACCUUAACAUGCCAAAUAUUCUCUGGCUAUCUGGAAGUCCUGGUUCUGGGAAGACAACAAUUGCUUCAACUGUUGUUGCUGACUUUGAAUCUUUCUCUGGGCAAUUCUUCUUUCACCGUGAUCAGGCUGAGUUUUGUGAUCCAGACAAUCUGUGGAGACACCUUGCUUUGGAUCUUGCACUAGGAAACAAUGCUCUGGGAAAAUCUAUAGCUAAGGCAUUAGAGACACAGAAAGCUAACAUCAGAGGUCUCAAUAUUUCCAAACAGUUUGAGCAUCUGAUUGUCAAACCAGUCCAGGAGGUCUUUCAGGAUACUGAAACACCUCUUCUUGUUGUUAUUGAUGCUCUUGAUGAAUGUGACCAAUAUCAGAAACUUUUACCAUCAUUGAAAUCUUGGUCUUGGCAGCUUCCCAAAUUUCUCAAACUACUCAUCACAAGUCGUCGCUAUCUUGAUAUUCAGAGUACACUGAAUCCUAUUAGUUACCCUGUUUACCUUCAUACUGGAGAUCAAGUUUCUGAUCAGACCUAUGAUGACCUUGAGCUUUACUUUACUACCAGAUUCUCUGAUAUGACUCGAUUGCAAACAUCACUGCAUCUGAACUGGCCUGGUCCAGAUAAAAUUUCUUUUCUUGUAACAAAGGCUGCAGGGCUCUAUAUUUGGGCUAAAUCUGCAAUGGACUUUAUCUUGCACAGAGGUGGUGAUGCUGAAGAAAGGUUGAAUGUCAUUUGCUCUGACUCUGGGGAAGGCAUUGAUGCUAUUGACACCUUGUACCAGCGAAUUGUUUUUGUUGCUUUUCAGGGGUUGAGAGAAGCAGAGAAAAAAUCUUUAUCAUCAGUUUUAGGAGCAAUUGUUAUUGCAAAGAACCCACUUUGUCCCAGUGAUCUUGAACAGCUUCUGGGAGUUCGAGAUGCAUUGUCAACAAUUAGCCAACUGAGCCCAGUACUGUUGAUCAGUAAUACUGGCCAUUUGCAUAUCUGUCAUCAGUCUUUUACAGACUUUCUGCUUGACCAAAAGCGGUCUAAGAAUUUUUGGGUGGAUUCUCAGAAGCAUAGUCUCUGUUUUGCUGAAUCUUGUUUGAAAUAUAUGAGUGCAAAGCUCAAAUUCAAUUUUUUUGAUCUGAAAACAUCACAUAUUCUAAAUAAAGAUGUUCCAAAUUUGAUGGACCAUAUUAAGAAUGUGAAAUCUACUGCUCUAGAUCAUGCAAGCCACUUCUGGGCAAUUUACCUGCAAAAAUAUUGUGAUCAAACUUUACAAUGGCAAAUCAUGAAUGAGAUGGAACAAUUCCUGAGGGAACAUCUUUUACAUUGGCUGGAAAUUAUGAGCAUAAUGGAAGCCAUUGAUCAUGCUGCUCACUCAAUAUUGUUGGCUGUGAGUUGGAGCAAAGAUUUGAAACCCAGUGUAUCAGACUUUGCAGAUGAUGCACACCAAUUUAUAAUGACAUUCCUUGAACCAAUAUCUGAUGCAGCCCCACAUAUAUAUAUAUCAGCACUGCCAUUUGCACCACAAAAUUCUCAAAUGUCUCUGCAGUAUAUGAAACACUUUACAAAAACUUUGAAAAUUCAGAAUGGUCAGAGGAAACAGUGGUCAGACAGGUGUCUUCUGAGAAUACAGGGAAAUAAUACUGCAGUUGCAUAUUCACCUAAUGGAAGGCACAUUGUCUCUGGAUGUUAUGAUGGAGCAGUCUGCAUCUGGGAUGCUGUAACAGGCCAUAGUAUCAUGGAUCCUCUUGAAGGCCAUGAUGAGAAAACUACCUCAGUUGCAUAUUCUCCUAAUGGAAAGCACAUUGUCUCUGGAUCUUAUGACAAGACACUCAGAGUCUGGGAUGCUCUGACAGGCCAGAGUGUAAUGGAUCCUCUAAAAGGCCACAGUGAUUGGGUUAAUUCAGUUGCAUAUUCUCCAAGUGGAAGGCAUAUUAUUUCAGGGUCUGCUGAUCACACAGUCAGAAUCUGGGAUGCUGGAACAGGUUGGUGUGUGAUGGAUCCACUCAUUGGCCAUGAUGAGGGAGUUAAGUGUGUUGCAUAUUCUCCUAAUGGAAUGAGCAUUGUUUCUGGAUCUUUAGAUUCUACCAUUCAAGUCUGGGAUGCUGGAACAGGUCAGUGUGUGAUGGAUCCACUUAUUGGUCAUGAUGAGGCAGUUGAGUGUGUUGCAUAUUCUCCUGAUGGAAUGAGGAUUAUUUCUGGAUCUUUGGAUUGUACUGUUAGAGUCUGGGAUGCUUUAUCUGGUCAGAGCAUAAUGGUUCUCCUCAGAGGCUCUGAUUAUAUUGAAUCAGUAGCUUUUUCUCCCAAUGGUGAGGAUAUUGUUUGUGGGACUGAAUGUCAUACAAUUAGAUGUUGGAAUGCUCUGACAAGUCAGUGCAUAAAAAGUCCUCUUGAAAAUGGCAAGAAAACAAUUUUUUCAGUGGCUUUUUCUCCCAAUGGCAAACAUAUAAUUUCUGGUUGUAGAGACGGUACAAUCAGAGUUUGGGAUGCUAUGGCAGGUCAUACUGAGGUAGAUUGUCCCACAGGCCAUGAUGAUGGGAUAAACUCAGUUGCAUUUUCUCCUAAUUGCAGACACAUUGUCUCUGGGUCUGAUGAUACAACACUCAGAGUUUGGGAUGCCCUGACAGGUGUAAGUGUCAUGGGUUCACUUAAAGGUCAUAACAGUAAUGUUGAAUCAGUUGCAUUCUCUUCUGAUGGCAAAUACAUUGCCUCUGGAUCUGCUGAUUGCACAGUCAGAGUCUGGGAUGCUCUAACAGGACAGAGUGUCAUAGCUCCUUUCAAAGGCCAUGAUAAUUGGGUCCUUUCAGUUGCAUUUUCUCCUGAUGGUAGAUACAUUACAUCUGGAUCUAGUGACAAGACAGUCAGAGUCUGGGAUGUACUAACAGGGCAGACAACACUGGAUCCUUUCAUAGGUCAUGGUGAUCAUGUUAAUUCAGUUGCAUAUUCUCCAGAUGGCAGAUUCAUUAUUUCUGGGUCUUGUGACAAAACUAUCAGAAUAUGGGAUGCUCAGACUGGUCAAAGUCUAAUGAAUCCCCUUAUUGGCCAUGGGGAUGAUGUUAAGGCUGUUGCCUUUUCCCCAGAUGGAAGGUACAUUGUCUCUGGAUCUUGUGAUAGAACUGUCAGGGUGUGGAAUUUUCAGACAGGUCAGAGUGUGAUGGAUCCUCUCAAAGGGCAUAGUAGUUAUGUUCUUUCAGUUGCAUUCUCUCCUGAAGGGAGGUAUAUUGUUUCUUGUUCUCGUGACCAAACAAUUAGACUCUGGGAUGCUAGGACAGGUCACAGUGUGGGAGAUCCAUUCAAAGGCCAUGACAUGGCUGUUCUAUCAGUUGUGUUUUCACCUGAUGGUAGUCAUAUCACUUCUGGAUCUGCAGACAAAACCAUUAGACUCUGGGAUGCUGAAACAGGUUACACUAACCUAAAUCCCUCAGCUUCUUCAGUUGUGUUGCCAUCCACACUCUUGCUGUCUGAAGUCAGGAAAAAUGUUAAUAACAUUGGUACUCAUCACAACAUAUCCCCCAUUUUCAAGGGUGAACCUGCUGUUUUCUAUCCUGCUAAAGGGCCUAGUAAUUGGAUCAUGGGAGAAGAUUCUCUGUCAUAUCUCUUCUGGGUGCCACCAAGCAAUAGACAUGGCUUAUUCUUCCCAAGAACAAUUAAUGUACUGAACAGCACUCCAACCAUACUUGAUUUCAGUAACUUUGUCCAUGGUACAAAUUGGAGCCAAUGUUUUUCACCAGCCUCAUAA